AAGAAUUUGUUGAUUUCAUCUUUGGCAUUUUCACUCUCCCGGUGGGAACUGUGACUAGGCUCUUACAAAAGAAAAACAUGGCAGGCUGCUUGCGUAGCCUGUACAAUAGCAUAGAGAAUCUGAGUGAUAUUUACAUUCAGCCAGAUCAAGACAAAGGCUUUUUGCUAGACCCAAAAGUAGCAAACAUUUCUGGUGCUAAAGUCCCUCUCCUCUUGCCAAGCGUUGAGCACAAUGAGCAGUCAAAUACAACCAAGAAAUUUUAUAGGUGUGGAAGCGGCGGAAGUCAUACCAGCUAUGUGGCUAUUGACCGGAGAGCAAUAUGUCCUUUGUGCAAGAAUUCAAUGACCACUGAGGUAAGUUACGUAGACCCACCAAGCGAUAUCAAGGCAUCCUCUUCUAGUGAGGGAGGUUACGUGAAGGGGGUGAUUACUUACAUGGUGAUGGAUGAUCUUGACGUCAAGCCCAUGUCCGCCAUCUCUUCUAUCUCUCUGCUUUCCAAGUUUAAUGUCACGGACCUUGGAGCUGUUGAGGAGAAAGUGGUCGAUUUUGGCAUGGAUGAGGUUCUAAGUUUGCUGGAGGCUUCUUUGCGAUCUAAGACUGUUUUGACCGACAUCUUCCUUCCAAACCAUAUUACAAAAUUGAACACGUUUCCAAUACCGAUAGCAGCUCCUGCUGAAGCAAUUGUAGCAGCUCCGGCACCCAUUGAUUUUGCACCCGACAAUGAGAUAGAAGUAAUUCAGGAUGUGGCGGGCGCAUAAAGAGCCAAAUGAAAGCAGUACUGUUGCUUCUGAUUAG